AUGGAGGGACCACACCGCAGCUGCCUCCUCCUCCUGCUCUGCCUGCUCGCACCACCGGCCAUCCCAGGCCCACCGCCGCCUCCGGAGGAACCCGGGCAGCCGCCGCGGCCGCCGUCCGGCACCGCGGACCCCGCCGCCCACCUGCUGCGGGGCCAGCCCUCGGCCCCGGCGCGGCCCUACAGCCUGUCGCUGUCCCCCGAGGAUUAUCGCUACGCCCCCAAGCCCCGGCACCUGCGCCCCGGGCGGCUGCGCCGGCUCCUGGGCUCGGCCUUCGACCCCUUCUGGAUGGCGACCGAGGAGCCCCGCCGUCGCAACGGGAGCGUCCUCGAGGAGAGCCUGGAGUCCGCGAGCAGGGACUUGGCCGAGGGCGCCGGGCGGUAUCACCGCGAGCUGUGGCGAGAGGCGGAGGGGCUGGAGCUGCCCACCCUGCUGCCCCCCGCCCCAGAGCUGCCCCCAGAGCUAGCGGGGGCCCUGGCCCGCCGCCUGCGGCAGUGGCUGGUGGAGCGGGCCACCUGCCGCCUCACCUCCGCCUGGGUCGACCUGGGCCCCGUCUUCUGGCCCCGCUGGGUGCGCCACACCAAAUGCGAGACCGGCCCGCCCGGCUGCUCCUGGCCCCCCGGCAUGAGCUGCCGGCCCGCACAGCUCACCCGCAUCAAGCUGCUGGCCUGGCACUGCUGGACCCCGCCGCUCCCCGGGCCCCCAAGCUGCACCUGGCGGCACAUCCCCUACCCCGUCGUGGCCGCCUGCAAGUGCUCCUGCCGCUGAGGGGGCUGCGGGGGGCUACGGAGGUACCCCCGCUGCCUGUUCUUGCAGCCGAAAGGCCUGAAAAGGCAAACGGCUGCCUGGACUCGCCCUCGGAGCUGGGGGGAAAUCCCUCGGAGAAAUAAACCUGCAGGAAGGAA